UAUAACGUCUUUCUUCAAGAACAGUUAUUCCCAAGUAGAGGAUCCUUACGUGUGUCUUCGCACUAGGCUUUUUUCAGAAUAUGUUCUAAGUUGUAAACUUUUGAGAAAUUGUAAAAAAUGUCUGAUGAUACUGUUUGCGUUGCUCUACGCAUCCGUCCAUUAGUAGAAAGUGAGAUUGAGAAGGGAUGUCAAAUGUGCUUGAAUGUUGUUCCUGGAGAACCACAAGUCCGGAUAUGUAAUACCGAUAAGGCAUUUACAUAUAAUUAUGUUUUUCCUCCUGAUAUUGGACAGAAGGAUUUUUAUAAUACAGCUGUUAAAAAAUUGAUAGACAAUACAUUUCAAGGCUAUAAUGUUACAAUAUUGGCAUAUGGACAAACUGGGAGUGGCAAAACUCAUUCUAUGGGCACCAAUUAUGUUGGAAUGGGAGAGAAGGGUAUAAUACCAAGAGUUAUUGAUGAUAUAUUUGAAAGAAUUAAAUCGAAAGAAGACUGGAGUUUUAAAGUUGCUGCGUCAUUUAUGGAAUUAUACCAAGAACAAUUAUAUGAUCUUUUAUCUGAUAAGCAAAGAAGCCAAUCUAUUGUAGAUAUCAGAGAAGAUGGAAAAAAUAUAAAAAUCUUUGGCAUAACUGAAAAAGAAGUUACUAAUGCUCAAGAGACAUUGGAAUGUUUGACCCAGGGUGCUAUGGGUCGUGUAACUGGUGCGACUGCUAUGAAUGCACAUAGCAGUCGUAGCCAUGCAAUAUUUACAAUAUGUAUACAUCAACAAAAGAAAAAUGAUCCAAAUUCAGCAACAGUAGCCAAAUUUCAUUUAGUAGAUUUAGCAGGUUCAGAACGUAGUAAAAAGACUCAGGCCACUGGAGAACGAUUUAAGGAAGGUGUGAAUAUAAACAAGGGUUUGUUAGCUCUAGGCAAUGUAAUUUCGCAACUCGGUGAUGGUGCUCCUGGAACAUAUAUUGGAUAUAGAGACAGUAAACUUACAAGAUUAUUACAAGAUUCCUUAGGUGGUAAUUCCAUGACUCUUAUGGUUGCUUGUGUUAGUCCUGCUGAUUAUAACUUGGAUGAAACCCUUAGUACAUUGAGAUAUGCGGAUCGUGCACGUAAAAUAAAGAAUAAGCCAAUCGUAAAUCAAGAUUCUAAGAUAGCUGAAAUAAAUCGAUUGAAUAAAUUGGUUCAAGAAUUGCGACUGGCUCUUAUAAAUCAGGAACUUGGCAUAACGUGUCCUAAACAACAUGAAGAACUUGAAGAGAAAUAUGGCAUAUUACAACAAAAGUUUAGAGAUAUGACAGAGAAAUUGAAUUUGAAUUUAGGAGAAAUUGCUGUUAUGCAUGAACGAGCGGAAAUGGUUGAACAAGCUCGGGAAAAGGUCAGAUCCGCUAUGGCGACAUUAUUGGAUGAAUUUAAUCAAGUGUUACAAGAUCUUAAUGCUUGUCCUGAAAUCAGCAGUGAAAGAUAUAAUACAUUAAAAGCAAUAUAUGAAAAAAUGUUAGAUAUUCAAAAUGAUGAAAAAAAAGCAUCUGAGGAACUUAUAAAUUAUGAAAUAUCUAAUUCUAAAAAUUGUGUAAUGCACAUGGAAGAAGAUACAGAACGUACAGAACCUAUAGAUGAAUUGAAUAAUAUUGAAGAUAGUUUAGAUUAUUUUGACAAAAAAGAGGAAGAACACACAUUACGACAAGCGGAACGAAAUAACGAAGUACAAAAUAUCAAUAAGGAAUUAGCACUUAAAGAAAGUCUUGUGUCUGAACUCUUAAAAAAUGCUACACAGCAAACUGCAGAGAGCCGUAGAAAUGUUAUAGAAAUGGAGCAAGAAAUUAAACGGUUGCAUGCGGAAAAAGAAGAACAUUUACAGGCAGCACAUGCACAUAAUGUCAGUUCUAAAUUAGCUGAAACGCGUCGUAAAAAAGUGCAAGAAUUAGAGAAAAAAAUAACGGAAUUAACGCGUAAAUGCAUGGAACAAAACAAGAUAAUCAAAAUAAAAGAAAAACAGGAUCACAGGAUCAAAACUCUUUCCAGCGAGAUACAAUCGCUGAAAGAGACUCGAGUCAAGCUUAUCAGGCAAAUGCGUAUUGAUGCAAAUAAUUUUACAAAGUGGAAGCAAUCUAAAGAAAAAGAAAUUAAUAGAUUGAAAGCUCAAGAUCGAAAGCGUGCUUGUGAAAUGGUACGCAUGAAAAUGCAACAUAAUAAACAGGAGAAUGUCUUCAAGAGAAAAAUGGAGGAAGCUUUUGCAGUUAAUAAAAGAUUAAAGGGUGCGUUGGAAAUGCAGAAGAAGGCGAUGCAGCGACAAGAAAGUAAGGCCAACAGCAAAAAUAUAAUAAAAACAUUGGUAGCUCAAGAAUUCGAAAUUUUAAUGGCCACCAUAGAAGCCGAGGGCUCUCUUGAGAGAUUGAUGCAAGAUAGAGCUUCCUUGGUGCAUCAGUUGGAGCAAUUAAAAAAAAAUGGCAAUUCAAAUGAAGAAGAACUUGCAACUGUCACUGAACUCAUAGAGCUGCGUAAUGCACAAAUUGCAGAUCUGCAACAAAAAAUUCUCGAAUCAGAUCAAGAAAGUAGAGCAAAUACUAGGGGGAAUAUGAUACAUACAAUAGCAGAUGGCAAGGUGGCAUAUAAAACAUUAUUUGAUAUAAUCACACAAGACAGAAAGCAACAUUGUUAUAAGUAUAAUGAAUUAAAAGAAAAGUAUCAGAAUCUGGAAACGCGAUUAGAAGAAUAUAAGAAACAGGAAGAAGAGAGUAAAACAUCUUCACAAAAUACAUCUGACACAUCUUUCAGUGAUGUUGAAACAAAAAAGGUUUUGACUGACAAUAAUUUUAGCAAUAAACAAAAUAAGAGAUCGUGGCCCAAAAAAGAAAGGCCAUCUAAAAUGGAAAUCACUCAUGAUAUUAUCAACUUUGAGGAUAGUUUAACAAUAGAAGACGAUGUUAACAAGGAUCCAGAUUGGAGGAGCACACCGCUUUAUAAUCGCAUACGAAAGUUAGAGAAUGGAUCCAAGCUGUCAGUUCAACAAUUGACUUUUAAAAUAGAAUCUAGUGAGAUAAAAUGUGCAUGUAAAACAAAGUGUUCCACGCGGGUAUGUACGUGCCGUAAGAACAAUGUUACUUGCAACAAUUGUAACUGUAGUCCAGAACAGUGUCAGAAUAAAGAUAAAGAAAACUUGCGCACUGAAUUGUUUUUGGAUAUCAUGGAAAAGUGAAUCAAUAAAUCAAACGAAUCAACAAGUGA